AGAAAAAGCACCAGGCUGAGGUAAAACUCUGUGAAAAAGCUGAUCAAGUUGUAGCAGUUGGUCCCAAGCUGGCUGAAGCUUUCUCAGGUUAUCUCCGUGCCUGUGGAAAAGAUCAAGAUGUUCUCAACCUUACCCCAGGCAUCUUCUCUGAGUUUUCUGAUGUAAAGCAAGCCACUGAAGAAAGGAAAACAUUCAGUGUUUUAGUAUUUGGACGUGGUGAUAAUGAAGACUUUCAGCUGAAAGGAUAUGACAUCGCUGCUCGCGCUAUUGCUGAGUUGAAAGACGAGCCACAGCCCUAUAAGCUCUUGUUUGUUGGAGCUCCAAGUGGAGAAGAGGAGAAAGUAAAAGAUUUAUUACUUAAGCAAGGCAUUGAUCGCAGCAAACUAACUGUGCGUUGUUUUAAUGAAAGCAGAGAGCAGUUAGCCCAUUUGUUUUGUGAAGUAGAUCUUGUUAUAAUGCCAUCACGAACUGAGGGCUUUGGUCUAGCCGCCCUUGAGGCUUUAUCUGCUGGUCUGCCUGUGUUGGUCAGUGGGAACUCUGGUGUUGGCGAGGCCUUAAAGGAAGUUCCGUAUGGUUCAAGUUGUGUGGUGAAGUCAGAAGAUCCAAAAGAUUGGGCCAAAGAAAUAAGAGCUGUUCGGGAGAAAAAACGGAAGCUGCGACUGAGAGAGGCGAAGCUUCUUCAAGGAGAGUACGCUGAGAUGUACAGCUGGCAGGAUCACUGUAAUGGACUUGUAGAACGAAUGCUUGCCAUUUCUCAAGGUAACAUGUUUACAUUGUAAACUGGUUUUCGUGGUGUCCGGAAUAAUCAAGGUCGAGAAAAGUGUUAUCAGCUGAGCGGAAAGCCAAGGCUGAUAACACUUACCGAGACCUUGAUUUUUCCGGAUACCACGAAAACCGAAUCUUAUAAUUGUUUUAUUAUACGUUGUUUUCAAAAAAAUGAAGGACAGACACAGCAUCGCCUGAAAGCAUGCAUUGUGCUCGCGAUAACCUACACAACUCACUAUUCUGCCAGGAGAUAGCUAACUAAUCGGUUGCGCUGAUUUCUAAAAUUAACUGUAACAAGUUAACUUAUUAUUUUUGUUAUAGUUGACGAUGUUUAAAUAGUAAUAAUUAACUGUACCGUACCUGAUGCUUUGAAGUAAAGAAUAAGAAAAUUGUGUUUCUAAUCGUUUUGUAGGUCCCAAUACAGAUGAGCAGCAUUUAUCUAAGAAAACCGCUGUCAUCUGUCAAGUUGAAAAACCCUCUUCUUCUGAAAAACGUCUUCAUAAAGGUAUUCUUGAAUCAUAGAUGAACAAUCAAGAGCAAAUCUUUGUUUUUCUUGUAGAAAAUGUACUGUACUCUAAUAAGGGCUUAUUGAGUUUUACUUGCCAGGAUGGUACAUGCAGUAUCAAGGAAUGUUAAAAAGCACUGAACAAGACUAAUGUUUAAAAAGAGUCCAAAUUCGAUAUCAUUGUGAGAGAUUACCUUCGCCAGUUGUUGACAAACGAGAUUCAUUUCAGGUUUUACAAGAGGGGUGAAAUAUUUCUUAACCCCUUCACAGGCGAGCUUUGUCUGUUGAGUUUUAAGUAAGCUCUGUCCCUGCCUGUAAAGGGGCUGUAUCACGUAAGUCUAGUCUAUUUGUUUAAUUUUUCUAAUUACUAACUUAAAGGUGGAUAAUUUUUACGCGAUAAUGGAAAUGCAGUAAUUAAUAACGGAUAUACUUUUUCGCAUGUACGCAGCUCAUGAAUCCUCGAAAUCCCUAAAAUUACCACUGUCAGUCGGAGGGCUGAAGAAAUGUAUUGAGUCACUAUAAUUUUUGCUGGACUAUCUGCCCUCAAAUUAUUUCCUCUGUUUGAAGCAGUUUUCGGGAUUAAUGGUUAGUUUAUGUACCGUUACGAUACUUUUUUAUCAUUAAAAAAUAAUGGCCUCUCAGUUGAUUGGCAAAAUAUCUCUUGGCACAGUUAUUUAGACAUAAGCUUAAAGGGGCUACGUUACGCUAUAUGCUAUCUUUUCAAAACGUUAAAACGUUUCUUCUUCAGUUGAAUACCAAAAAUAAUGCCCCAGUUUUGUUAUUUAAUUCUAUAUUUAGGCACUGAAAUUUUUUCCCGUCGUCUGUUACUACGGAUGGCAAAGAUGGACAUAGAUAGUAACUGAAAAAUAUUGGGCCAACUUGGUCAAGAUGUAAUGCUAUGACUUAUAAAAUCGCCAAAAAUAUUAUUGUGGGUAGUGUUCUACAAUAAUAACUAGUUUGAUAUCCUCUUCAUAACACCACAGGAGCAUUGUGUGAUAGUAAUGACUGAUUAAAUUGCAGGCGAAGGAAAGACAGCAAAGAGAUCCAGGUCUUUGAGAAAAGGAAAAAGGCCGUUAUCUUCAUGUCCUGUUCCCGCUCCAAAACAACCGAAACUGUUGAAAGAGGAAGGUAAAGUUCGUUUCCGGGUUAUUAAGAGUAAGAGUUGGUAUGACGUUACGUACGUAUGAGAGAGUUUAGGAUGGUCUUGGGUCGUUGGUCUCGUUUUUCUAAAAUGCGGCUUCAUAAGCUGCAUAGCUUACGAAAUAAGAGUGUGACAUUACUUCCUGCCCGCUCAACUUGGCUCAAUCCCAUUCUUCUCGCAGCCCUAUCGCCUAAACAAAAGGACUCCUGAAAUAAAGCAUUUGCGCCUGGGUUACUUUCCUCUGCUGCACAGGACAGUGGCCUUAUUAUUUGGGUCCCCUUUUCUAGCUGGACAUCAUGAAGCUAUAGUUUCGUGGCUUCGGUUACACUGACAGAAAAUCUUGAGAUACUCACGUCUGACACACUCCCUUUUUUUCUAGCAUGCUUUGUAACACGAUAUGCUUAGUGUAAGGUACAAGUAAAACAAGGCCACAUUUAGGUCACAUUUUAUCCUUUUGUCACGUUACUUUCACCGUAAGAAACUAACUAUUUAUCGCUAGCCUCUUGUCAGUCAGAUCGGCCUCCCACGCACACCUUCUCAGGGCUUCGUCACACCCUAGGAAGAUCUGCGUGAGAUGCUCGGCUGCUGAAAAUCGAAACACAUUCCUUAACCUUUGUGUUUGCGGUGUAAUGAACAAACCAAUCACUUGUCAGAAAGUUGAGAUCGAUGUCAGUUUCGUUUUGGAACGCAGAUGAUUUGUACAUUAUUUUUUAAGAAAUGAACCUUAAAAGUGAUAUGUUUUUACAAGAGAGUGUAUGCCACACAGUUUUCCUUUGACGGGACAUGAGCUUACUGGCAAUGAAUAGUCUGUACGAAAUAAGGGGCAAUGACGGGUUCCUAUGGUCCGAAGCACGAACGUUUAACGCCGUGUGCUACGAGAACAAUUAUUUUCCAAAGAGAAAAUUUAAAUUAUGUAAUAGUUUGUUUCACUCAGCGUACCUUGUUUUUGUCAAUUCGUUUGUUUUCUAUUGCCAGUAUGUUUGCCGUGCGUUAUCCGUGGGAAAAUUAAUUAAAAAGUUAAUUUUAAAUUAAUCUGGCCAAACAUAAUAUCCUUUAACCAUUUUAAUAAGCCCAAAAACGAUCAGUGUCAUAAUCCUCCUUGUCAUAACAAUGCUUUAUAAAACAGAAAAUGGGAGGUAGCAGGUAUCGAACCCAGUCCCUUCGGCCCCGAAGGUUACGCUUUGCGCACGUGCAAGAACAAUAGAAAUGACCUUACGAUUAUUCUAUCCGUUUGUAGUAUAAAGUCUUUGGGCCGGUUUAGUCUAAUUUAGGCCGCUGUUUAAAACAGCUUUGGACCUCCAGAUCCCUUCCUUAGUGGGUUAUUUCAAGAAGACAAUUGUCCUUAUAGUCUAUGCUUUAUCGUUAUUUUGAAACUGUUCGCGAUAAACGGUGUUUUGAUAAAAACGUUUGGCAAGCAGAAAUAGCUUAGAACGCGGUUUUGUUAAACACUGGCCAAACACCAUUUAAAUAACGGGCCUUUUAGGUUUUUUUUAUUGACAUAUAUUUCCCGAUCUUUUUGUUUUUAGCAGUUUGGGACAAGUCGGUUGUGAAAUUGCUCAAAGCUGAAUACAAAAGGCGCUCUCAGUUAAGACCCCUUCUUUGGGACAACACCAUCGAGUUACCCCUAGAGAAUGUCUAUACAAGACUUGUAAUCGUUUCACGACGAAAAUCUGCCAUCCAGACGAUAGACGAUAGAGUGAAUGUCUUCAACUUCUUCAAUGCUCCUUUUAAAGGUGCGGAUAUCUCAACGCUAGCGGGUGGAAGUUCAGAUUUGCACGUGGACGAAAGUGAGGCGAAUGCGUUCGACAUCUUCACUUUUCCCGAUAAAGGUGAGGUUGUUUUGACGCCAGCAGAAGGAAGAAACGCAGACUUAAUGAGAGAAAAUGACCAGGUGAACGUAUUUGAAAUCUUCAAGACGCUUGAAAAAGGUGAGGAUGUUAUGACGCUAGUAGAGGGAAGUCCCGGAAUCGGUAAAACUACGUUUUGCCUCAAACUUGCUUAUGACUGGGCUCAUGGAAAAAUCCCAGCGGAGUGUUCCUUUCCCAAAUUUGAAUUUGUAUUGCUCCUCAAAUGUCGUGACAUUGAUGGAAAUAUCAUGGAUACCAUAAGAGAACAACUUCUGCCCAGAGAUAUCAACAAGGAGACCGUAGAGAAAUUGUUGCACUUCAUGGAGGACAUUCAUAACCAGGAGAAAAUUUUAAUCAUUUUGGAUGGUUUGGAUGAGCUGCCUGAAAAAUCCCAACAUCAUGUGGAUGAGCCGCUUCACCGAAGAAUUUUACCUUUCUGUUAUGUUUUGGCUACUUCGCGACAAGAAAGAGGUAUUGAUGUACGAAAGAGAUUCGUCUUUGACAUUCAUCUGGAGAUCAAAGGAUUCACAGAAGGCGAUGCUUUUGAAUAUAUCAGAAAACAUUUCGCAAAUAUUGGUCGAGGACAUUCACCAAAGGGAGAGAGACUCAUAACAGAAAUAAAAGACAACGAGUUUUUGCAUGCUCUCCGAAGCAACCCCCUUAAUUUACUCCUUCUCUGUGUAAUCUAUGAGGAUUAUGAGGGAAAGCUGCCAUCAUCGCGUUCUAGGCUUUAUCAAGUUAUUGUCCUUUGCCUUUUAAGACGAUACUGCGGUAAACACAACCUGCAAGCCCCCGAAGGUGACGACGACCUAGAGAGGUAUUUUGAGAAGGACAUACUUGCACUAGGAGAGCUAGCUUGGAUGUGCCUGCUGAGUGAUCGUCAUGGUUUCCGUGAGAAAGAAUUAGCUGAGCUUGAAAGAAGAUACAAAGGAUUAGUAUCCCGUCAUAUAGGCCUACUUUACAAGGAAGAAAGUCUGAAGAGGUUAACACCGCAACAUGAGUACUACUUUCUUCACAAAACCUUCCAAGAGUACUUGGCUGCGGCAUAUGUUGCGCACAAAUUGCGAAGAAAUCAGUUGAAUUUGUUUGAACGUUUAAGCUUUGAUGAUUUGGUGGAUAAAUAUCGUCAAGUGUUUCUUUUUGUGUCUGGUAUACUGGGGAUGGAGGCCAGCAUUCUAUUCGCCCAGAUAGGUGAAGAGUUGAAGAACCGGGAAGGAUGGAACUGGAACAGGUGCAGAGUAGUGAUGAAGACAUUUGUUCCUCUUUCUGAUUAUGAUCUUGAGCACCUUUUAAAACAAGGUUUGGCAACAGCGACUUUUCUUACUGAAAGCUUCAAUGAAAGCGGACAUGCUGAAAAAAUGGCAGUUACUCUUUGUUCCUAUAUACCCUUCCCACAGCAAGUUGACGCUGACCUCUCCAGCGUGGAGACGUGCAAUAUAUUUCACGUUUUAGAGGCAUGCAAAAGCUUUCGUAAUUUAUCGAAGCCAGUUAAACUUACGGUUCGUGGUAGAAGGCAAGAUAUAUGGCGAUAUCAGAGUAUUGCAGGGUACAUACAAUCCUGCCCAAAGACACAGAAACUUAGCCUUUUCACCCCUGCAGUUACAAUGGACCUAGCCAACGCGCUACACGAAGGCGUAUUUGGAAACACGACUUUAUCAGAGUUUACCCUACAAAUUUCUGACAGCAUCCCUUGCAACGCAGCUGUUUUAAUCGGUGAAUUGUUAGCUGCACGCAGAUCCUUGAGAAAAGUAACGUUUCAACUUGGUAGAGUGUGUGAUGAGAAUUGGGCCAGUGCUAUUGAACUUGCUUUGUCUGCGGACACUCCUUUGAAUUCUGUGGACCUCCAGGUUCGUGGAUCAUUGAGUGAUACUGCAGUCCAUGGUUUAGGAAAGCUUUUAUCAAAUAAAGCUUUGGCCUCGUUUUCCUUUAAUAUCUCUGGAGAUGUGCUAGAAUUUGUAACUGCUGUUAUUAGCAGAGGAAUUGCGCAACAAACUGCACUCAAGGCAUUGGCUUUUAGCGUUGACGGCAACCUUAGUCUCUCUAGUGUGACUGCUCUUCAAAACAGUAUUGUAGAAAAUCGUUCUUUAAGUGAUUUAGUACUGACUCUCUGUGGAGAGAUUCCUGACAACUGGCAGUCUGUUGUGGAAAAGCUUCAUUCGGUAAAAAAGGGGUCACUUAACUGUACUUUUGAUCCAGACCCAGGCAGCAGUGUUACAUGUAAUCAAGUGGCGCUUUUUCGUCCUGCUGUGGUCGAGAAGGGGCUAGAAACAAAACAACACUUUACUGUAGUUCUUUGGGGAGAACUGAAGUGUAGUGGAGCAGAAGAUUUAUGUAAGAUCUUGGUGCAUGUCCCCCUGACAAGUCUGACCUUGAAAGUGCAUGGAAAAUUAAGUCAUGGUGUUGCUAAUGUUAUUAAAAGAUAUAUCGGACAACAAAAUACACUAUCCGCCCUGACCAUUGAUACUUGGAGAAAGUUGGCCCCGGGGACAGGAACCCUACUUCAGGAACUAUCAGAUAAAAACGUAACCGUUCAAGUAAAAGAGCAUGGCAUCUCUGUUGUUCCUGAGGAAGCGUGUAAUGCUCUUAUUGUCUCUGUUGACAAUCCUGCGUCGCUGACACCAAUGUUCUCUGAAGUUAAGAAUACCAGAAAGGAGAGUAUCAAUCUUAAAAUAAUCAACCACAAUGAAGAAAUUAGUGACUGGCCACGUCUGCUAGGUGAUGCUUUGGCAGAAAAUACAUCGCUUACUACACUGGAUCUUAGAGUGAUCAACUACACAAUGAAUCCAGGAAUAGGGAAAGACCUCGGGGAUAGUUUGCUGCGAAGUUCUUCAUUGACAGUUUUAAGUCUUACAAUCAGCAACUACAGUAACAUGGCAAAAGGCUGGGAAUGCAGGCUGGUCAACAGCUUGGCUAAAAUGACGUCGUUAACUACCCUUAGUCUCUCAAUUGACGAUCGUGGCGGGGAGAUGAAAUUUGGAGAAGAUUUGAUGGCAGUGAGGUCCUUGUCUACACUUUCCGUCGUAAUCAACGGCAGUGAGUUAACUUAUUUUUGGGGUAAAUUUCUGAGAAAAUGUUUGGAUGAAUGCAAUUCACUUACAAAACUCUGCCUUACAAGCAACAACUACAUGGAACAUGAAAAUAGCCCUUACGAUGCCACCUUCUUGAACCGCUUUUCUGACGAUUCAAUAGAAAAACCUGUGAGUUGGCUAGAAGGUCUCAGCUUUGGACUAGCAAGUACCUCAUCUUUAAAGGAACUGUUCAUUACGAUUAACAACAUCACCCAUACUUAUUCUUACUCGAUAACGAUUUUAAUUGAAGGACUUUCACUGAACAAUUCAAUAGCGUCCCUCACUGUUACAGUCAGUGAUUACGAAUGGUCGAGCUGUGAAUUGUGGGUAGGCUUUCUGAAAAGUUGUAUAGCGAAAAACAAGUCGCUAACUACACUCACUCUGACACUAAAUGACUACAGUGACGGUAAACAGCAUGGCUUGCUUUUACGAGAUAGACGUGAUGGUGAUUUUCCAGAAAACACCUCAUUAACUGAACUCAAUCUGACAGUCAACAUCCGUCGUGAAGUAAGUGAAGACUGGUUACCAUUUUUGUGUGACCAUUUAAUGAUGAAUUGCUCCUCCCUGAAAACAGUGAGAUUGCAAGUCAACAACCGCUGCGCUAAAAGCAAAAGUCGUAUAUAUGACUUAAACAAACUCCGGUUAAAAUACCGAUCAUUAUCCACAUUUGAGCUCGCUGUAACUUUCUAUGGAGAGUAA